AUGCAAAGGACGGUCGUUACCAUCAACAGCAAUGGCCGCCAAUCGGCGAGCUUCAUUCGGGUGGCUGCCGCAUUGGGAUGGCAGGUGCGCGCGCAGAUGCGAGACCUGAACGGCAUAGUCGCACAAGAGCUAUCCGAGUUGGAGAAUGUUACCGUCUACAUUGGACGCCUGGAGGACCGAAAAUUUCUCGACAACUUGUUCAAGAGCGCGCAAUGCGCUUUCAUAAAUACAACGCAUUGGGGAGAUGAGGUUGCCAUUGGUCGAGCUCUAGCCGACGCGGCGAAGAAGGCCGGCAUACAACACUACAUCUACUCGAGCAUGCCAGAUCACUCCGUCUUUGGCCACAACUGGAGAGCAUUACCAUUAUGGGCGCCCAAGUUCACAGUCGAGCAAUACAUCCGCCAAAUCGGUAUGCCCGCCACGUUCGUCUACUGCGGCAUUUACCACAACAAUUUCACCAGCCUGGACUUUCCGCUAUUCCGCAUGGAGCCCCAACCAGAUGGGAGUUUUCUGUGGCAAGCACCCUUCCACCCUGAACAACCACUGCCGUGGCUAGACUCGGAGCACGAUAUAGGCCCUGCCAUUUACCAGUUGUUCAAGGAAGGCCCCCGAAAGUGGAAUGGCAAGCGGGUACCUCUGGCGUUUGCCUCGAUGACUCCAAGGGAAGUCUGCAAAGCCUUUAGCAGUGGGCUCGGAAGGCCGGUGCGCUAUAAGCGGGGCCCCAUAAUGAUCAACGUUCCCACACCCAUCGGAUAUCGGGAACACCUUUCCGCACUCGAGUACACCUUGGGAGAAAAAGGUGCACCGUACUUUGGGCCCGACCUCGAGCCCGCUGUGCCUAGCGUCGCUCUGGAGCUAUGGGAGGGCAACCGAUCAAUGGAGGAGUACGCACAGGAAGUGUUCCCAGUAGAAGAGGCCGCUAACGGCCUCACCUGGAUGAUGGAGGUAGAGACACCACGCCGCCAAGUUGAAAUCGACUUCGAACAGGUCAAUUGCUGA